AUGAUACUCACUUGGGGUGAACCUGCAAAUUAUAAUAGCUAUGUAAACGUCAACACUGAUAACUUUUGGAAUGAAUGCUUGAAACAAUGUCUAAAUGACGUGGAUUGUGUGAGAACAAUUGCUUCUGAGUUCUGUCCAGUCGGCGACGACCCACCACUUUUCGGCUUAGAUACUGUCAUUGAGCCGUAUUAUUCUAUCAAUGUGACAACAUCUCAAGACGGAAUUUCCUUUUGGCAGUUCAACAUAAAAUGCGGAGACGAUUCUUGGCUUGCAUUACGUGGUAUCCAUUCAUUUGGUUCUUUCCUAUUGUCAACAAUGCAAUUCAACUUCUUCCAUCUUCUUAUUCUCGCCGUUUUGGCCGUUGCCUUCAUCACUCCAGUUCAUUCUGCUCCAUACAGCGAGCAAGAACUUGAGGCUCUCGUCGGUCUUCAAGAUAAGGUCUCUGAACAUUUGGCUUCCUCCAAUUUGAGCCCAGCUCAAAAAAAGAAGAUUGAAGACAUGAUGGCCAAGAAGGAAGCUGCAGUCAAGAACAGCUUCGGAAAAUAA